GCCAGUUAGCCAGUGACUAAAGAGUAAAGAUGGCUUCCUAUUCUGUGACUUCUGAUGGUUGUGAAGAGGAAACUAAUGGGUUUUUUGUUGAUAAAAAACUCCUUGCAAAAGCUGUUCAACUGAAAGUUCAAAAGAAAGAAAAAAAAUUAUGUUUUUCAUUUGGCAAGCAAAUUCUUACAAAAGAUUUUACACUGAGAGCUCUGAAAUUAGAUGAACUUGUGGACAUUUCAAUACCGGUGUCUAUUCAGGACAUUGAAAGACUAAAAGCCAUAUUUGAACAAGCACCAUGUGGUAAAGGAUCUAAACACUUUAAUUAUCCUUCCAAAAGUCAGCAAUUGCAAAUUGAUUCUUUGAGUCAACUUUCGACAGCUCUUGAGAAGCUCAAUUUGUCAUCAUUGAUUGUCCAACACCUGAGGUUACCAGCUGCAUCGAUGAAUGUUCAAGCAAAGUUAGAUAAGUUGAUAUUGUACGAAACUGAAGGCUACUACAAACAUGAUUUUAACUUUGAGAAAGAACCAGGUACAUUCGGCACAGCCACCCUUCAAUUACCAGUAGAAGAUGGCCAUGAGGGAGGAUGUGCUACAAUCACAUUUAGAGGAGUAACAAAAAUGUUGGACAGUCAUCAAAAUAGCGACAAGAGUUUCUAUUUGUCAGCGUUUUAUGGUAACUGCGAUUACUCCAUAGAACCAAUUACACGAGGCUGGAAACUGUCCCUCGUCUUCAACCUUGUCUCGAAGAAUAGCAAGAUACCUGUUGAUUCAAAAGAUUUCCCGUAUUUCAUCGUCGCCUGGAAGGAUAUUGAAGAGGCACUCGCUCAUUGGAUCCCUCAUCAAACGAUCAACUUCCCAAUUGAAACUGGUCAAGACUGCACCGUGUCCAUAACUGAAACCGAAAGCAAGACAGUUUCUGAGUCCGGAAAAGCACACAAGCCAGCGACGAAGAACUAUAGGAUUUCUUACGAAUCUGAUGGAGAAAAUGAAUUUGACAACUUGGAAAUGGACUUCGACGAUUUUCGUGAUGGCGAAGAGCCGGGCGAAAAUGAUGUCCUGUACUUCGUUCUAAACGAAAACUAUCACGUCGAGAAAUUCAAGUUUGAUUGUCUACGGGGAGCCGACCUAGAGUUAGCCAACAUUCUUCAGAAUUGCUGUUUUCUCGAAGUUCAUCUUGCAGUUGUCAAGGAUAAAGGCGAAAAUCAUGACUAUUUAGGACGUCAGCGUUAUGAAUCGCAUACUGUCGAAAUUACUCGCUGGAUAGAUUCGAAUGACGUAUCUCGGAAAUUGAGCCUCGGAGUUUCAUGGCGGGACCAACUUGUAGGACCUCUUCGAAAAUUUCUGACGUUUGACAGUAAAAGAGCUCAAAUAGUAGAGAAGUUGGGGCGAGAUAAUGGAUUUGGAGACUCGGAUUAUGAAGACUCAUUCGAAGAAGGUUCAGACGAAGAUUCAGACGAAGAAAAUGAUACAGACGAUGACAGAUCGUUGUACAGCACACAAAACAACUUUAUUUUGGUGAUUUGGCCGAAGCAUCAAUCGUUCCAAAUGUAUUGCCGUUAUGAUCUUCAUUUGCUCCUCGACGGCGUGGAAAAUUUGUUGAGUUUGGCUUCAGCUAAAAAAGGUUCUCAAGAGGCCGAAGAAAAUUGGAAAACCGCCGUUGAAGAUUUCAAGAAAAUAAUGUCCGUCUGCUGCGAGGAACCUGAAAAAAUUUGGGGCGAUUGGGUCGAAAAGGCUGAACAGAAAGGCGAAUUGACUUCGAGACUGCUUCGUCUCUGUAUCGCGUUGCGUGCACGUGAAGAAGGUCUCGAAAUCUUGAAGAUCCUCGGCCGUGAUUUUAAACGCGAAUCUAAAUUCCACAAGUAUAAACCCUUCGAAGGAAUCAAAAGCGAAAAAGUGGCUAAAGCAAUGAGCGAUUUCAUCUCUCAAGUCACUGGUUUGGAAGACUGUAUGGGUCUGAUUAAAAAGAUGACAUCUCCUCAUCGUGUCAUCAAGCAGCUAGCACCGAUAUGUCAACUGGCCCAAUGCUUUCUGGAUGUCAAUUGCGUGGAAGGAGCUAAUAUGGUUGGGAACCAAAUUUCUACUUCAUUGGCAAACAUCGAAGCUGAGCAAGCAGCUAAGUUGAAACGGGUCGGUGUCGAAUCCUUUUUGAACUUGAUCCUGUCACUUGAGACUAACCCGCAAACCUCCAAUCGUGAAAGAAUGAUUUCUUUCGUGUCCCUGUUUCCCAAACUGAAUCACUUGCUUCAGUGUCGUCUGCUACUCGAUUUAGAAGGCCAGCUAGCUUCUCGCUUCAAGGAUAUCGAAUCCUGUCGCUUUCUCUUUGACCAACUGUGCAAGGCUUUGCUUCAGUGUGAAAUUUUCAAAGGUCAAUCGGAAAAUUCGUACUACGACGACGACGACCAAACAACCGUCAUUGGUUUCAUCAAAGAUAUGGUGGUCGACUUGUUGAAAUUGUACGUUCUGCGUGGAAAUGAUGAAUGGCUUCAGAUAUUUAUCUCCAACAUUUGCCGUGAGCCAGAGACCUCGAAGACUUGUCUGCUGAGAAUCAUCCUUUCGUCGCCGGUCAUUUGGGAAUUGGGAGCAUCGUCCGAGUGCUAUCGCCUUACCUGCAAAUUCUUUUUGGACCAAGAUUUCGUCUCGCUAGUUAACAAUGCCGAAGGCGUCAAAUCGAAAAUUAUCCACUGUUAUUUGCGACUGAACGACGGCCAGUUCUGGGCAACCUUUGCGACUAAAAUUUGCGCCUCGUUUGUUUCCGAAAAAAGUCAUGAAUUUGUGCGCGUUUUCUUGAAAAAUGUCGACGUCCAGCAAGCUAUCGUCAAGUCGUCUGCUGUAUUUACUCCGUGUAUUCUAAUCCUUGAUUACUGGCUGGAGCAUUCGAAAUCUCUCAAGAUGCCUGUGUUCAAUUGGUGCCAAUGUGAAGCAUCGCUUUCCUCUUAUCCUGAAAUUGAAUGUUUUCUGCGCUCACCUGAGAAACGUAUGAUCUACCACGAAAUCCGUAAACUUGCUGAUUGUCGUGUUUUCGCUGCCGAGUUAAAGAGCAAAGGACCUUCGAAUGGGUUCAGCGUUGAAGUGAAGUCGAUUCGCAAGGUAUUUGAUGUCCGUUGCAAGAUUACUAAGACUCGAGAUGUAUUCGAACAGUCGAAGAAAAAUUUUGUUGCGAGAAAAUCCGAAUUGCCACAACUGGACCAACUUCGCCGUAGUCUUGUGCAGGGACGUUCAACAGGAAAUUGAAAUUGUAUUGAUUGCAAUAGCCGACGCAACGUACCGUUAAUGCGAACCCGCCGAACCGUUACACUUCUCGAUCCUUCUUCAUGCUUCUAAUUCAACUGUGUAAUUUAAUGCUUCUGGAAGUAUUUACGUUCAGUUGAUUAACUUUGAUGUUGAGCCAAUAACCCGGAAUUGAUUACCGUUAACGUAUGUUUUUUUAUUCAGUAUAAAUGCUUGUUUUAAUUUGUCUCGUGAAGUCAUGAGUAAUACACAGAAAGUUGGAUACUUGGA